GAGGCAGGCGCACAGUGCGACAACACUGACCGCUCCAGCGCUGCUCCUUCACGUUCAAAACCCCGGCAGGCAUGGACGACCUCUACGAAACAGCAGAUCACAAAGAUGCAGGACGCCGUGAUCGAGUUGACAGCUCGGAGAACUCAAGUGAGGAGCGCAACUCACCCGACUACAUGAAAAUCAGGGACGGGGGCAAACACAGCGACUCCUCGUCUUCAUCCAGCGACGAUGAGGAAGGUAAAUCGAGAGAGAAAAAAGUGGUGGUGGAGGCACAGGUGCUCGAGGUGAGCGGCGAGGCGCACAACGGAUCCAGGCGCUCAUCCUCCUCCUCAGAAUCCUCCGCCGAAGAGGAUAACGCCGAGGAUGGGAUGCUGAUGGCUUACAGCCACCCUAAAAUUGACCCGGAGCCGCAGGAGUCUGUCGACUACACUCUUAAAACUCUGGACAAUGUCACUUUGGAUGAAACCAGCUCCGCGCCGGCUGAUCCCAACCAGCCUAACGUCGCCUUGUACAUUAAGGCGGGCAGCGAUGGAGAAAGCAUCGGCAACUGUCCUUUCUCCCAGCGCCUCUUCAUGAUCCUUUGGCUCAAAGGAGUCGUGUUCAACGUCACGACCGUCGACCUCAAGAGGAAGCCGGCAGAUCUGCACAACCUGGCUCCAGGGACGCACCCUCCUUUCCUGACCUUCGACGGAGAGGUCAAGACAGACAUCAACAAGAUUGAAGAGUUUCUUGAGGAGACACUCUGUCCUCCAAAGUAUCCCAGACUUGCUGCCAAGCACAGAGAGUCCAAUACAGCUGGAAAUGACAUCUUUGCCAAGUUCUCAGCCUACAUCAAGAACACCAAACCAGAAACCAACGCGGCUCUAGAGAAAGGUUUAACCAGAGCUCUGAAGAAGCUGGAUGACUACCUUAACAGCCCCUUGCCAGAUGAGAUUGAUGCAAACAGUAUGGAGGAGGAGAAGGCCUCCAACCGAUGCUUCCUGGAUGGGAAUGAGCUCACUCUAGCAGACUGCAACCUCCUGCCCAAACUGUACAUAGUCAAGGUUGUUGCUAAGAAAUACCGUAACUACGACAUCCCGUUGGAAAUGACGGGGGUGUGGCGCUAUCUGAACAGCGCCUCCGCACGUGAUGAGUUCACCAACACCUGCGCUGCUGACGCUGAGAUCGAGACCGCCUACAAAGACGUGGCGAGGAGACUGGCCAAGUAACCUCACCUGAGCGCGAGCAAAAUAAACUAGCAACACGCAUCAUAAAGAAAACAUCCCUCAUGAGCAUGCACAUGGCUGUCCUUUCAAGUCUUCUUCCUGAGAUCCUUGUCUGUCAUAAUAAACAAGUCCGAUGUCUUUGUUUCCGCUCCAGAUGUGGCCGAUUUUAGCUAUUCGGUACACAGUGAAUGUGGUAUUUCAAUCACCUCAGCAGACACGGCAGAGCAGAAGUGGAGCAGAAGAUAAAUCAAACACGUUUAACCUGAUUCACAUUUCAAAGCCAGGUUCCAACGUUGCUGCUGUGAGACUUCUGACAUAACUCUUUUCGCUCAAAUGUGAUUGUGUCUGUCUGUAUUUAUUCCUCAUAACACAAAGCUCUCUUUCAUACCUACUCUACCACAUGGCCAAACAUUUUACUAGCUGCUGAUGUCAAGGUCAUUCACUUUAUUUAUUCCUGAGCCCACAUAAGUCUAGUCUGACUCCAGUGUUUAUUAUCGAGCUCUGGCUCCUGGGUAGACACCUUGAUUCAUCUAUGAUUGAUGACUGAUGUUAAUUGUUUGCUGAAUAUGACUGUUCCAAUCUGCAGUUUCAUUUUCAGUUCAUUACUUUUUUAUUUUGCUUCCUAAUGCAUAAGCGUCACUCCUGCUUCUGAAAAUUUGAUGUAAAGACAAAAAAAAAAAGCAGUUUUAAAUAAUAAAUAUAUGCUCAAUCAAAGGAACAAAUGUACCUAAUAAGGGCAUUAGAAGCUUAGAACAAAGCUUGCUUCUGAACUGCUUGCAUGCAUGAAUGCUUUAAACUGUUAAAUGUUUGAAACCAAUUCAGAACCUUUGGAAAGAUGAAAACUCCACAGAUAUGUGCCUUUAUUUGGAAGUAUGAGAAAUCCAUGCCAAUGUCACUGAUGGACUCAUUCUGAAAAAUGUAUUGCAGCCAGAGCUAGGACGUUUGUUUUGCCUCGAGCUAUUAGUGUUCAGUCUAGAGUAUUGAUUUUGUCUUAAGUUACGCAUGAUAUUAUAAAUGGAGAGAGUAUUUAUUUAGCAGCUCCAAUCAGGCCUGAUUAGCUAGAGCCAUUAGUGCUGCGAUGAAAAGCAUCUUCCAGGCCAGGUCCACGAUGGUCAGGAGCCCUGCCCUCCAGCCCUUCAUCAGAAAGACAUUUCCUCCUCUCCGAGGACUCCGUCAACAUCCGCAGCCUAGGAGUUAAAGUUCAAAAGUUUCAUUGUCCACGCAGAGGACAAAAAUUAGUCUUGGGACUUAUCGUCUUUGGCUUGGUGUCGGUCUGCAACUAUAGCACGACUUCCUUGAAGAACCAUAAGGCUCUUGUGCGGUUUGGACAAACACAUGAUAUGAAACUGGAGCAUGAUGACUGAGAGGCUUUCUCAUUGCAAAGC